CGUCAUUCGUGCAGAGCCCUCUGGUGUAUUAUUAUGUAUAUUUUAAUUUUAACGGCUGCGACUCAGCUGUUUGAAAUAACGCAAUAGGGGUUCGGCGCGCCUGUUACCGCCGACCGUAGACUGUAGAAAAUUACCACCAGGACCUACACCGUUCAUUCUGUUGAAAUGGAAACCAUUGAUUUUUCAGAAGAUGAAAUUGAACGUCAGUUGGCAGUGCUAGGCUACACCAAUAUCCGAAAACACAGGCUACAUGAAUUCAAGCGAGACCUUGAUCAACUGAUUCAGCACGAGAGAUCGAACAGCCACAGUUUAAGUGAUGUGAACUCCCCAAGCUCUCAAAGCAGAGUCAGCAGGAAUUCCUCUAACGGACUGGCAGUUGUCAGAGAGAAGUUGCAGACUCAGAAGAAACCAGAGUUCAGCUUUGGGGUCUCUUGGCCAAGAGCAUCACUGCAAGAAAGACCUGUGCAUUCCGUAUAUGCUGCAGACAACUUCAGUGAGAGACCAGAGCAGUACGAGUCUUACACACGGUAUUCGGUUUCUGCCAAGUGCCCCCGGACGUCAGCUGCUCCCCACAGCCUGCAAGAAGAAAAUGACCCUGAAAACAUUAGCAGUUCUUUCUUGGAUACAAGCAAGUCCUCAAGUCCCCACACAAUGUUUGGGGCUGCUGGAAAGCCUUUCAUUAAACGAAAGGUCCUAAGGAAACAGAGUGGGCAAUUGCAUGUUUGUGAUGAAUCCAUGCGCAAUGAAGACUCAGUGGACAGACUGGAGGACCAGUUGGAGAGGCUACGGGUAUCGGUGACCGCAUCUGAAUCGGAGCAUCUGGACUGUGAGGAGAUGGAUAGUCUAAGUGAAGCUACAAAUGCCUUUCAGACCUACUCUAACGCAAUGUCUAGAUCCCGGAGUGAGAAUGACAUUCAAGCUUAUCCAAAAUCCUUUAUUCGGCCACUGUCGGCACACCCUCACACAAGAAACCUGAAGAAGACUGAUCCGGUAGCAAAGUAUUUUCAGUAUAAACAAGACUGGGAGACUUUCAGAGCACCGGGAGAAAAGGAUAGAAAAGGACUUCGCUCAGAAAUUCGGGAGCAAAUGAUGUAUGAAAGCAAGCCUUCAAGAAAGCUGCAGAAAAUCUAUAUCCCCAACACCUAUGUAGUGCCAACAGAGAAGAAACGGUCCGCAUUGAGAUGGGAAGUGCGUCAUGACCUGGCAAAUGGGAUCCUACCCCAAAGAGUCUUCCAACCAUUAUAGGGAAUGCUGUACCACUGAGUUGUGUGCCUUGUCUGUACCUCUUCCAUACAUAGAUUGCAAUAUUGGUGUAUGUUUUUUAAGUGUAAUUUCAAUAACAUUAAAUGAUAUUUAAGUUGAA